CUCACGCGGCGCCGCCAUCUUGCGAGCGGACAACUGGAGGCGCUGGGCUCCGCCGCUGCCUCCGCUUGUGCCCCCCCUUUCCCCUCCCCUCCGGCCGGGGCUGCCUUCUCCCGGGGCCGGGGGGCCGGAGCCGGCAGGAGAGAUAUUAGUACCAAAGAAUGACAAGAACUGCUUCACCAAGUGGCUGCAUUGUGCAAGAGGUCAUUAUUUACAGCUACCAGCUUUAUUGAACUCUUCCUUACAUUUCAUCCUUCUUUUCUUCUAGAAGCGGAAAAACAACUUAGGUUUGAUGUUUUGUGUGCCAUCAACUGAAAUUGGGGCCAUCAUGAAUGUAACCAAGGGUGGACUGGUGCUGUUUUCAGCUAAUUCCAAUUCGUCAUGCAUGGAACUGUCCAAGAGGAUUGCUGAGCGCUUAGGAGUUGAGAUGGGGAAGGUUCAGGUUUAUCAAGAGCCAAACAGAGAAACAAGAGUGCAGAUCCAGGAGUCUGUGAGAGGAAAGGAUGUAUUCAUCAUCCAAACAGUUUCAAAGGAUGUGAAUACUACAAUCAUGGAACUCCUAAUCAUGGUGUAUGCUUGUAAAACCUCCUGUGCCAAAAGCAUUAUUGGAGUGAUUCCUUACUUCCCGUACAGCAAACAGUGCAAGAUGAGGAAAAGGGGCUCCAUUGUCUCUAAGUUACUGGCCUCCAUGAUGUGCAAAGCGGGACUAACUCACCUUAUUACCAUGGAUCUACACCAGAAGGAAAUACAGGGCUUCUUCAACAUUCCAGUUGAUAACCUGAGAGCAUCUCCAUUUUUACUGCAGUACAUCCAGGAAGAGAUACCAGACUACAGGAAUGCUGUAAUUGUGGCCAAAUCACCUGCGUCUGCAAAGAGGGCCCAGUCCUUCGCUGAGCGCUUACGGUUGGGAAUUGCAGUGAUUCAUGGGGAGGCUCAGGAUGCAGAGUCUGACAUGGUGGAUGGUCGCCACUCACCACCUACAGCCAAAAACGUAGCUGCUAUUCAUCCCAGUCUGGAGAUACCCAUGCUGAUUCCCAAGGAAAAACCACCCAUCACAGUUGUUGGAGAUGUAGGAGGAAGAAUAGCUAUCAUCGUGGAUGACAUCAUAGAUGACGUUGACAGCUUCCUGGCUGCAGCUGAGACCCUCAAGGAGCGGGGGGCUUACAAGAUCUUUGUAAUGGCUACACAUGGCCUCUUAUCUUCAGAUGCUCCCAGGCUCAUAGAGGAAUCUGCAAUUGAUGAGGUGGUUGUUACAAACACAAUCCCACAUGAAAUACAGAAACUCCAGUGCCCUAAAAUCAAGACUGUGGAUAUCAGCAUGAUCCUCUCGGAAGCCAUUCGCAGGAUCCAUAACGGAGAGUCCAUGUCUUACCUCUUCAGAAAUAUAGGACUGGAUGAUUAAUGCUUCUUCCUCUAAAGAAAUAGAAUAAACCCCAAACUGGGCCAAACUGGAAGCAGAUACCGAGCUGUGAAGCAUCAUACUUAACCUUAAUAUUUCUAUUGAGCCACUUCUUGUUUUCUCUUGGAUUUAAGUAUCAAGGUAGAACAGUUUUUGAGAGUGGUUUUCUUUACAGGGUUUUAUUUUUUGGGGAGGGUCGGGAGGUGGGAGGGGAAGAAACAUUUUCCAGAGAACCUGUUAGUUGCUUUUAGGUUAGUUGCACUAUAUACACGAUGGGACACAACCCUCAAAACACUUGAGGCAAGAAUUUGGCUUCUAAAUUAAGCAUUCCUCUCCCAAAGCUGCUUGCUACAAGUGCUUUAAAAGAUAAGAAAAUGAAGGGACUGUAUAAUACUUGCGUUUUAAAAGCCAAAAAGGUUGUACUGUUGUUGGCAGUUGAGUGAUUUUGUAGGAGUGCUUUUAUAGAAAGCAGAUGAAAUAUGCACCUGUAUUUAUUUUCUGCCACAAAGAAUAAAGACUUGUUUUUGUGUGAGCUUUC